CUGAAUUACAUUGUUCAACAGAAGCACAAUUAUAGUAAAUUAAUCUAAAUGAAACUGUGCUUUCAAAUAUAAUAAAGAUGACUCCAGUGGUAUAUAAUGAAUUUGAAGAACCAUCAUAUUAUAGUUCUUAUAACUGCUAUAAUGAAGUUAAUAAUACAGCUAGAAUAGAAACACUGGAAUGUAAUCAAGAUAGUAUCGCACGAUUACAACCUAGUGGUUUACUAGCCAAAUUAGGGGUACCUUGUCAAGAAACUUUUGAUUAUGAUUACGGUCAAUGUUUUGGUUAUUACGAGAACGGUCGCUAUAACAUGUGUCAGUUUGUUGAAGUUGGGGAUAUUGAAGAUUUUAUGAAUAACGAGAAAAGAAAAGAAAAAUCCAGAAAUGCUGCCAGAUGCCGUCGAUCUAAAGAAAGCGAACUGUACUAUGAUCUCGCCAGUUCUUUGCCGAUUUCAACGGAUCAAGUUUCUCAAUUGGACAAAGCUUCUGUCAUGAGAUUGGCCAUUUCUUAUCUCAAAAUCCGCAAUAUGAUUGGAUCUGUUCCAGAUUUAACAGAAGAAGAUGAGACCAGUCCAACAGCUGGCUCACUAUUUCUGAAAACUUUGGACGGUUUUGUAAUGAUCUUAUCAGAGGAGGGUGACUUCAUUUAUUUAUCAGAAAAUGUUAAUGAAUAUUUAGGAAUAAAUCAGAUCGAUUUGUUGGGACAGAACGUGUAUGAUUACAGUCAUCCAUGCGAUCAUGACGAAAUUAAAGAAAUGCUGUCCGGAAAGGAAACCGAAGAUGUCAGUAGUUGCAAAUCGUUAUUUAUUAGGAUGAAAUGUACGCUAACUACGAACGGAAGAUCUGUAACCUUAAAAUCAGCAGUUUACAAAGUAAUCCAUUCUACGGGUCAUAUCAUAAAAUAUAAAAAUUCCUCUAACAAUGAAAAUUCCGACCAAUCUGAUAUGAAGACAUGUUACGUAGCAGUAAGUCAACCUAUUCCGCAUCCAUCGAACAUCGAGUGUCCUUUAUCGAAACAGACCUUUUUGACGAAGCAUAAUAUGGAUAUGAAGUUCACCCAUGCAGAUGAUGAUUUAAUGAACGAAAUUAUUGGUUAUGAUUCCAACGAUUUAUUAGGAAAAUCCGUCUUUGAAUAUUACCACGCCGUCGACAUUGAUGGUAUUUUGGCUUCUUAUAAAUGCUUAUUUUCUAAAGGCCAGUGCCAAACUGGCCAGUACCGUUUCCUGGCUAAAUCCGGAGGUUAUGUAUGGUUGAUCACUCAAGCUACUUUAAUCCUCGACAAAAAUCAGAAACCCCAGAGCGUCGUGUGCGUCAACUACAUCAUCAGCGGACUGGAAUGUAAGGAUGAAAUAUACUCAUCGUCACAAUAUUUAGUGGUGAAAACGGAAAAUAAAUCUAAACCCGAAGCUGUAAUUCCAGAAAUAAUCAUUUCUGAUACGAAGGAACCUAACAACAAUGAAGUGAAACCGAAAAUAGAGGUUAAACGACCGAUUUCUAGUACCAGGAAGCUGUUUGGGAAUUUGAAAGAAGUCGAAGGAUCUUCGAGACCGAUCAGUGCUACCAGCACUAUUUUCGCGCCUAGAACAGAGGAUAUGAAUAAGGGCUUUUUGACGUUUUCAGAUGAGGAACCAGGGCUGACAAUGUUAAAAGACGAACCGGAAGAUUUGACCCAUUUGGCCCCGGUUGCUGGAGAUGUUUGCGUACCAUUAGAAGAUCAUCCGUUCCUGCCCGACAUGUUAGAUGACAUCCUCUUGAGAGAUAAUUUCGGACCUUUACUAAACGACGCUCCAUCUGAUCCUUUCAUCGCUUACAGAGAUUUUCAGGAUCCAUCGCCGCAAUUAUUAUCCCCCAAUUUGUCAAAGCAUUCAGAUUGCAGCCUGACCUCAUUGAACAGCCCUUGUGAUUCUUUAAUAGACGAAGAUCAAUCUUCAUUUAUGAACCUCCAAAUGGACGAUGUUGAUUUAUUAAAAAGUCCGUAUACCUCUAUGAACAUAUCCGAUGAUAUACCGCUUUUGGUGUCAAACGAUUUAAUGUGGAGCACGAAUGACAAAAAGUCCCAUCAAAUCAUCAACAACAAUAAUUCGAGUUUAGCGCAAUUAUUGUCGAGUUCUUUGAAUAAACAAAUGAAAUCGAACGAUCACGGUGGAGGUUUAUUGAGGAAGCAUGAAUUGGAAGACAUGCACAAUAUGAAGAAUAUACGAAAAUCGUGGCAAGAACAAAAUAAUCUCUCUACCAAAAUGACUCAUCUAAAUAAAGAGGAUCGCGGCGUUCAAAGUUCGAAACGUUCGAACACGAACAUAUACGAGUACGCCAGUAAAAAAACGCGUAACGAACCCAAAGAAAAAAUAUCCUCCGAACUGCUGCACCAACUCAUUUCGAACAGUCACAAUAAAGGGCGGCCGAAUAAUAAGGACAACAACAAGAAUAAUAAUAAUAAUUGGUUGUUGCAUAGCGGCAAAGCCGCUUGUGUAUCGCAACCGAGUGAUAGCGUGUUGAUGAACUUAUUGAUAGAUACAACAAAUGACAAGUCCAGCAAUGCUUCAUCUUCAUUACAGUUCAGGUGUAGAAUCCAAGAAGACGACAAUGCGAAACUUCGACAGAUCAAAGAAAAACAUAGACGAAAUCAGUUAUUGAAAAAUCUGCUGGACCCAGAAGCUGCUUCUAUAUCAUCAUUAAUGGAUCUGACGCAACAGGACUACGAAGUUAAUGCACCAGUCGGGAACAAUCUCUUGCAAGGAAUAGAACUAUUGACAGCAUUGGACACAAAUUCAUCUAUUUAGUUUAGAUUUUUUUAUGUAUAUUAAGUGCAUGGGAUUUUGAUACAAUUUGUAUAAGGAGUUCUAUAACAUUUAUCACUAUCGCCGUUGUGAGUACUAGAACAUUUCGAUUUGGUCAUCAAAUAUUUGAAAAAAUAUGACAAAUUUUGCAUCAAAAUGGUCACCUUCCAUCGACCUAUUAACAUUUAUCGUCUUAACAAUAGUACAAUUUUGGACUGCCAGUUUUAUCAAUUUAAAGUAACAGAAUAAAUAACCAGAAAUGAAUAUAUUGGCUUUUUAAUACAAAAACCCAAUAUUUGAAUUAACAAAACAUUCAAAUUAAAAUUGCCCUAGCGAUAAUUGUUGUAUAAAGGCACCCCUUUUUUAGUUUAUACAUUUUUAGAUGAGAUUUUUUUUGGCGGUAAAGAAAUUAGGAUAAGAUACAAUGCCUAAUAUAUAUUUAUAUUUCACUCUUUUUGAUGAAAUAUAUUUAUUAUCUAUUUAAAAA